AUGGCCAUGUCCACCGCUGUUCAGAAGGGUUUUUCUGCGCUAAAUCUUGACGCUCCUGUGGCCAUCUCCGACGCAUCUGCCGCACUGACUAUCGACCAAAAGAUCGCUAAACUUGCAUCUAUCACUGGCGCGCCGCUGUCUUCCGAGACCGAGGACCAAUUGCGUGCGCUUUUCGCUGAGAAGGCUCAUCCGAUUGCUUACGAUGGCGUUGAACCCUCGGGUCGCGUAACGCUAGCUUCUGGUUUGCUUCGUGCACUUAAUGCCCAGCGUCUUAUGGAUGCUGGUUGCCAUGUGCGUCUACUGGUGGCGGACACACACGCACUGCUCAAUAACAAGUUUGGCGGUGACCUCAAAAAGUUGCAGACGAUCAGUACCUAUAUGAUGGAGGUGUGGAAAUCACUAGGGCUCGAUGCUCACAAACUGUCAAAUCUCGAAAUCUUGCUGGCUUCUACAGAAACCGCACGCCACGCAGGUGCAUACUGGUCACAAGUGCUGGAUGCCGCUGGCCAAUUCACGGUUGAACGCGUCCAGCAAUGCGCGCCUAUUAUGGGUCGAAAGACGGAUGACGCCGUGCAAAAUACAAACCGCAUUUUGUACCCGCUUAUGCAGCUCGCUGACGGGUUUCUUUUACAGGCCGACAUCUACCAGCUUGGCGUUGACCAAGAGGCUGGCAAUGAACUUGUGCGCGACUACAUUGCACAGAAAGGUGGUUUAACCAAGCCUGUCUUUCUCACGCACCCGCUCCUGCUUGGCUUGAAGCAAGAUCAAUUUAAAAUGUCUACUACAGACGCCGAGUCGGCUAUCUAUGUUGAUGACACGGCUGCGGAAGUCAAGACGAAGAUUAAAAAAGCUUACUGUGUACCUGGUGAGGUGAAUGGAAACCCAGUUUUAAAUCACAUGAAGUAUUUGGUGUUUCCACUCCAAGCUGAGGGUAUCACACUCGAGCGCAGCGAAAAAAACGGCGGCGAUCUUUUCUUUACCACCUAUGACGAGCUUGAAAAGGCUUUUGUCGAAGAGAUUGUUCACCCAGCCGAUCUUAAGCCGUGUUUAACCAAGUACAUUAAUGCACUGCUUGAACCCGUGCGCCAACAUUUUGCCAAUGGUCCGCUUAAAACGAUGUUUUCGAGCAUCAAGAAACUUAAAGUGUCUCCAAUCCCAGAUAGUGACAAACUGGCCAAUCUGACUUUGCUUGGAUUUCCCGAGACUGUGAAGGAAUGGAAGCCUUCUUCGCUGUCAUUGGAAGAGCGUUACACUGUGGCUCGCUCUGUCGGUGAGGAGUGUAUUCAGGAGAGCGAGCUCCAAGACUUACUGGAGAGAAAGGCGAAUCCUGUAUGCUACGAUGGGUUUGAGCCUUCGGGACGUAUGCAUAUCGCUCAGGGUGUUCUUCGCACAGUGAACGUCAAUAAACUUACAUCGACUGGCAGCGUUUUCCGUUUUUGGGUGGCUGACUGGUUUGCAAUGCUGAAUAAUAAAAUGGGUGGCGACUUGGACAAGAUCCGCCUCGUGGGCCGGUACAUGGUCGAAAUCUGGGAAUCAGUCGGUAUGGACAUGACUAAUGUCGAAUUCUUAUGGGCAUCACAGGAGAUCAUUGCGCACAGCGCUUCUUACUGGCUCCGUGUGAUGGACAUCGCCCGUCGUACGACAAUUGCGCGUACACUAAAGUGCUGCACGAUCAUGGGCCGCAAAGAAAAGGAAGGCAUGCAGGCUGCGCAAAUUCUUUAUCCGCUGAUGCAGUGCGCUGAUAUCUUCAAUUUAAAGGCAGAUAUCUGCCAGCUCGGUAUUGACCAGCGUAAAAUCAACAUGCUUGCACGCGACUACUGUGAGCAGGCCAAAAUUCGCUUUAAACCUGUCAUUCUGAGCCACCACAUGCUCAUGGGUUUAAAGGAGGGUCAAGAAAAGAUGUCGAAGAGUGACCCAGAGUCGGCCAUCUUUAUGGAAGAUGCUAUCGACGACGUGAGCCGCAAGAUUGAUAAAGCUUUCUGUCCGGAAGGCGUCGUGGAGGCGAAUCCUAUCCUCGAUUACAUGAAGCACAUCAUUUGCCCGCGCUUCGCCGAUGGAGGCGUGACCGUGAAGCUUGCAGACGGUUCUACAAAGACAUUCACUGCCUACCAGGAGCUUGAAGACGCUUUCGUCGCGCGCCAGGUAAUUGGGGCCGAUCUGAAAAAGGCUCUGACCGAGUAUCUGAACGAAAUUUUGGCACCAGUGCGCGAGCAUUUCUCUAAAGGUGAGGCCAAGGACUUACUUGCGAAGGUGCGUUCGUUUCGAAUUACGAGAUAA